ACACACACCGCAGCACUGAACCCUCCUCGCUUUCCAAGCAACUCCCUCCUCCUCCACCCCCCACCUUCUUCCCAUAUAAUAUAUAUACCACACCCUCUCCCUCUCACUCUCUUCAUACCCAGCAGACCAGCAGAGAAGAAGAAAGAAGAUUUCACUUAAGAGUCCUCCUCUCUCUCUUUUUCUCUCUUUCAAGCAAUUAAAAAAAAAAUAGAAAUGGAAGAAAGCAAGGAGAUUGUAAUUCGUGAAGUGUGGUCGUGUAAUUUGGAGUCGGAAUUCGAGCUGAUUCGUGAUUUAAUCGAUGAGUUUCCGUACAUCUCCAUGGAUACGGAAUUUCCUGGGGUUGUUUUCCGACCACCAGUAGACCCCACGAACAACAGGAAUUAUUUCCGACAACUCAAGCCGUCGGAUCAUUACAAGAUCCUUAAGUCCAACGUUGAUGCUUUGAAUCUUAUCCAGGUGGGUCUCACGCUGUCCGAUGCGGAGGGAAACUUGCCUGAUCUGGGAACCGGAAACCGGUUCAUCUGGGAGUUCAACUUCAGGGAUUUUGACGUGGAGCGUGACUCGCAUGCUCCAGACUCGAUUGAGCUGCUGAGGCGACAAGGGAUUGACUUUGAGAGGAAUAGAGAGGAGGGGGUUGACUCGGCGAGGUUUGCUGAGUUGAUGAUGUCGUCUGGGCUUGUCUGCAACGAGUCAGUGAGUUGGGUUACUUUCCACAGCGCGUAUGAUUUUGGGUACUUGGUGAAGAUACUCACGCGCCGGGAAUUGCCGUCUGGGUUGGUGGGAUUUUUGAGUUUGUUGAGGGUGUUUUUCGGAAAUAACAUUUACGAUGUCAAGCACAUGAUGCGGUUCUGUAAGAGUUUGUAUGGUGGGUUGGACCGGGUGGCCCGGACCCUGGAAGUGAACCGGGAGGUUGGGAAAUGUCACCAGGCCGGUUCGGAUAGUUUGCUGACGUGGCACGCUUUUCAAAAGAUGAGGGAUGUGUUCUUUGUGAAAGAUGGACCGGAGCAACAUGCUGGUGUUUUGUAUGGAUUAGAGGUGUUUUGUUGAUAAAAACAUGCACGGAUUAUUUCAUUUAUUAAAUUUGGAUAUUGUAAAUUAAGUUGAAGAAAUUUGAAAAAUAAUUAAAGAAAUUCUUUUAUGGUA